GACCCUGCUUGCUGCUUAAUACACACAUACAUGUAUGUCUACUGUGUGUUACAUACUCACAAUUACCCAAAUCCUGGCAAACCUUGCUGUCCUUACUUCCCACAUAUAGCAAAUUCUUUCUCUCUCUUUGUCUAGAAACCAUAACUUCUGGGCUCUACACACCCACUACUAUACUAUGUCGAAAUAUACAUGACAUACAUACACACAGUUUGUUACCAUAGGACUUUGUGUUCACCGAUUUCUAAGAAUUCAACUCUGUCAGCUUGUGGGCACACACUGCUGUUAGGUCGGUCAUGAUUUUAUUCUUUUAAACUUUUCAAUACCAAUUUUACUCAUAUACUUUCAUGGAAUAUCCAUCUUUCACUCUGCCUGCAGUUUAACAAUUCUCUUUUUACAGAUGGCAGAUCCAUUUUCUUCUAAGGAAAGGGACGUUAAUUGGGAUUCUCCAAGAACUGAAAUGAAUAGUACGGAUGGGAAGACAAGCUAUUCAAGUACAGAGGAUCCACAUAGCAAUUUUGAAGAUAUGAUGAAUUUUGAUACAUAUGCUGGCUGGUGCACUAGCCCUUCGACUUCGGAUAAGAUGCCCGAGUCUUAUUCACUCCUCCCUCUGGCUAAGGACUGUAUGAUCUCGGGUCCGUUGAGCUUCACUCAAGACAGUUUUGAAAGCUUUUGUGUGAUCGAUAAUGAUGUUAGAAGUUUAGUUCGUGCUGGUGAAACAAUGAUGUUCGAUCAAACUGAUCCUGAGUUUGAUUUUCCGCUUGAUUUUGAUGAUAAGGAUGAUGGACAUGCUAUAAAUAAUAGCCAUUUUUGUCAGCAAAACAACACCAUGGAAAUUAAGAAUUGCAUCAUCGCUCGACCCUUUCCACCACCACUUGAGGAGAGGAUGAUUAAGGCAUUAUCUUUGUUUAUGGAAUCAUCAGGAGGUGGAAUUUUGGCACAACUUUGGGUUCCAGUGAAGGACGGUGAUCAAUUAAAGCUGAGCACUUGUGAACAGCCCUACUUACUUGAUCGUAUGUUAGCAGGAUAUAGAGAAAUAUCUAGACGAUUCACCUUCCCUGCAGAGGUUGAACCAGGAUCAUCUCUUGGGCUUCCUGGCCGUGUAUAUGCGUCCAAGAUACCUGAGUGGACCUCAAAUGUUGGAUACUACAGUAAGAAGGAAUACCUUCGGGUACAACAUGCUUUAGAAAAUGAGGUGCGUGGAUUAGUUGCUAUACCUAUAUUUAGUGGCAAUCCUCGUGAGAUGUCUUGUUCAGCGGUGUUGGAACUAGUUUAUCUAAAAGAAAAGGCCAAUUUUGAUUUAGAAAUGGAAAAUGUUUGUCAUGCACUCCAGGCUGUGGAUCUCAGAAGCACUGCCCCUCCUCGAUUUAGUCCCCGGUUUUUAUCAAACAAUCACAGAGCUGCUUUGGCGGAGAUAACUGAUGUCGUACGAGCUGUAUGUCACUCAUAUGUGUUGCCACUUGCUUUAACAUGGAUUCCCUGUACUUAUGACAACGGAGGUGGUGAAGAUAUCUAUUCAAUACGUGUUAGAGGGGACAAAACAAAGUCAGGUGAGAAAUGCAUACUUUGCAUCGAGGAAAGUGCAUGUUAUGUGAAUGAAAGAGAAACACAGGGAUUUGUACAUGCUUGUGCUGAGCACUAUUUAGAGGAAGGGCAAGGCAUUGCUGGAAGAGCACUUCAGUCUAAUCACCCCUUCUUUUCCACUGAUGUAAGGGAAUAUGAUAUAACUGACUACCCCCUGGUGCAUCAUGCUCGAAAGUUUGGUUUGAAUGCUGCUGUGGCAAUCAGGAUAAGGAGCACUUACACUCAAAACGACGAUUAUAUUAUAGAGUUCUUUCUUCCUCGUACUAUGACAGGAAACAGUGAACUCUUGCUGAACAAUUUAUCAAAUACCAUGCAGAAGAUUUGUAGGAGUUUGAGGAGGGUUUCAGAAGCUGAGUUACUCGAACAAAGUGGUGCCUUGCCUGGGAUUAAGAAGGGAUUAGUUACAAAGUCACCAACAGGGACAUUUUCAAGCAGGAGCAAUCAGCACGAACUUAUUAAUAGUAAUAUAACUUGUGGUGAUCAAGUACAUAAAUCUACUCAUGUGGGAAUGGAAACGGAUGGUUCUGCUCAACAGGCAACUAGCUCGAAGAGAGUGCUGGAGAAAAAACGAAGCACUGCGGAGAGAAAUGUAAGCUUGGCAGUCCUACAACAAUAUUUCUCUGGAAGUCUAAAAGAUGCUGCUAAAAGUAUUGGUGUUUGCCCUACUACACUAAAAAGGAUAUGCCGACAACAUGGAAUCUCAAGAUGGCCAUCCCGAAAGAUAAACAAGGUGAAUCGUUCGUUGAAAAAGAUACAAACGGUGCUGAACUCUGUUGAAGGGGUUGAAGGAGGACUGAAAAUUGACCCGAGCACGGGGAACGUUGUGACAUCAGGAUCUACCUUUGAAAACUUUGGGGACUUUGGUGCAUCAAAAAAUUUUCUCUUUACCAAUAAAAGUGAACCAGAAUGUUAUGAAAUGGCCGAAAAUAUGAGUAUGGCGCGCCCAUCAUCUUGCUCUAAUGAAAAGAAUGAUGUGAAGGUUGAACAUGAAUCGGGUGCAAACGGAAAUCAAGUUAACUCAUGUGCUUUACAAAACUGGAAAAGAGAAAAUAACUCCAGCAUCAUGUUUAGCGAGUGGCUUAAUAACUCCGAUGUGGCUGACCCCAUUGGAAAACUAAUUAAUCCUGGCAUCGGGUAUGGUGGUGGUUCAGAUUCGUCGGGAUCGUACUUCUCAAAAGAAGAUAGUAAAAUUUGUGGUUUGAAUUCCGGUGAUAUGAUAUUAGAGAAAUAUGAUUCUCUUUUGAAGUGUCAUAGCUCUAGCUCAAUUGCUGUUGCCAAUGAGAUGUAUACUGGUGCAAGAGUUAGUAGUACGAGAGAUGAUGGAGCGAGUCUCGCUCAAGUUAAUCAACCUACAACUUCAAGCAUGACAGACUCGUCAAAUGCAUCAACAACACAUGGCAAUUCUUCAAGUUCACCAGACAUUGGAGAACCAAAGGGCUCAAAAACUCCCAUAUGUGAGGCAAACUCGAGGAUAACUAUUAAGGCAACUUUCAAAGAAGAUACAAUACGAUUUAAAUUCGAUCCUUACCUGGGGUGCUUUCAAUUGUAUGAAGAAAUUGCAAAGAGGUUCAAAUUGCAAAUAGGUACCUUCCAGCUCAAGUAUAUGGAUGACGAGAAGGAAUGGGUGAUUAUGGCGAACGAGUCUGACCUGCUAGAGUGUCUUGAAAUAUUGGAUUUCAUGGGAACUCGUAACGUGAAGUUUCAAGUUUGUGAUGUAGUCUUUGGUAUGGGUAGUUCUAGCAGUAGCAACUUUGUGACAGGAGGUUUGUAGUAAUCUGCUUGUAUAUAGACUAUUAUCUUUAUUAGUGCAAAUGUUAUUAUGUACAUUAGUUGUUUUUUCUUUGACAGAAUAUGUACAUUACUUGACAUAGCAACUUUUCAAGUUUUCACUUUGUCUA